GCAGUUCAGAGGUGAGUGGGCGGGGCAGGGCUUUCCGCCCUUACUUCUUCGCCGAGCUCAGUGCAGGACCAUGGGGAUCACACCCAAAUGAUAAGUGGAAGAUUCUGCCGCAGUGGACUUGUGAGCUACAAGGCACGACUUGGUCUCCCUCUUGAUUUCUUUCUUGUCCUUAAGUUCUGUCUUCUCAAGAUUCUGCGCUUCUCCAAAAAAGGAAAAUCAAAGAGGAGAUGGAAAUGACUUCUGGUCUCCUACCAGCCAGAUCCCAGGUAUCACUCACUUUCCAAGAUGUGACCGUGGACUUCUCCCAGGAGGAAUGGGACCGCUUGGAGCCUGCCCAGAAGGAUAUGUACCGGGACGUGAUGCUGGAGAACUAUGAGAAUUUUGUCUUCCUUGGGCUCCCAGUGUCCAAACCAGACGUGAUCUCCCAUCUAGAAAGAAGAGAGACACCAUGGAUGACAGAGAAUGAAGUCCUGAUAAGCACUUAUCUAGAUUCCCUUAUUCAGAAGACAGGAUAUGAAAUCAAGGAAUCAGUUCCAGAGCAGUAUAUUUCUAUGGGAGAAUCAUCCAAUGAGAGACUCACAAAGGAGGGUCCCUGGAAUUCCCAUUUGGGAGAAGCUUGGGAUCAUGAUAUCAGGUUAGAGAGACAAAAGGGAAACCAAGAGAGACAGCCAAGACAGGUACCAGUCACUAAUGACUAUAAUAUAUUUGGGAGAAAGCUCAUUCUAGGGUCUUUCUUCAUUCCACAACUGAGUUUUCCUAGAGGAGAAGGUCUCCAUAAGUAUGAUACACUUGGAGAGAGUUUCAAACAAUUUUCAGACCUAAUUAAAUAUAAUAGAAUUGAAUUAGGAAAGAAACUUUGUAAAUAUAGUAAGUACAGGAAACCCUUCAAUUAUCAGUCAAACCUCAUUCAUUACUAUAGAACACAUACUCGAGGAAGACCUCUUAAAUGUAAUGAAUGUAGCAGAGUUUUUAAUAGCAUUUUAAACCUCACCCUACAUCAGAGAAGUCAUGCUGGAGGGAAGCUCUUUGUGUGUGAUGCAUGUGGGAAGGCCUUCAGCCAGAAGGAAAACCUUGAUGCACAUAAGAUGUUUCAUACUGAAGACAAACUCUUUCCAUGUAAUGCGUGUGAGAAAGCCUUUAGUAACAAUUCACGCCUUAUUGUGCAUCAAAGAAUUCAUACUGGAGAGAAACCCUAUAUAUGUAAUGAAUGUGGAAAAGCCUUCAGCCAGAAGGGAAACCUUAAAACACACAAGAGAAUUCACACAGGGGAGAAGCCUUUUGAAUGUAACGAAUGUGGAAAAGUCUUCAGCAGUAAUAGACACCUAACUCGACAUCAACGAAUUCAUUCUCAAGAGAAACCAUAUGUAUUGAAUACAUUUGGUAAAGCCUUCAGCAACACCUCUUACAUUACUAAACGUAGGGUAAUUAAUAAUAAUAAUAAUACUGGAGAGAAACCUUUUAAAUGUUACGAAUGUGGAAAAGGCUUCAGGUAUAGUUCUUCUCUUAUGCAGCAUCAGAGAAUUCAUACUGGUGAGAAACCCUUUAUAUGUAAUGAAUGUGGAAAAGCCUUCAACCAGAAGGGAAUCCUUAACACACAUAAAAUAACUCAUACUGGAGAGAAACGCUUUCAAUGUAAUGCAUGUGGGAGAGCCUUCAGACACCGUUCAUCCCUUAUGCGACAUCAGAGAAUUCAUACUGGAGAGAAACCUUAUAAAUGUAAUCAAUGUGAUAAAGCCUUUAGCCAGAAAGGAGGCCUUAAUGCACACAAGAUUGCUCAUACUGGAGAGAAACACUUUGAAUGUAGUGAGUGUGGAAAAGGCUUCCGAUACUGCUCGUUCCUUGUGCAACAUCAGAGAAUUCAUACUGGUGAGAAGCCCUAUAUAUGUAGUGAUUGUGGGAAAGCCUUUGGCCGGAAGGGAAGCCUUAACACCCAUAAAAGAAUUCAUACAGGUGAAACUCCUUUUGGAUGUAAUGAAUGUGAAAAAGCCUUCACCAAUAACCAGAGCUUAGCUCGUCAUCAGAUAUUUUCUCAUAUUCGAGAGAAACCCUUUCAUUGUAAUGAAUGUCAGAAAUCUUUCAGCCAGAGAGGAGAUCUUAAUAAACACAAGAGAAUUCAUACUGGAGAGAAACCUUUUCAGUGUGAGGAGUGUGGGAAAGCUUUUACCCGUAGUGAAAACCUCAAAGGACAUAAGAAAAUUCAUACUGAAGAGAAGCCAUUUCAGUGUGAUGAAUGCGAGAAAGCUUUCAAAUGGAGUGGAAACCUUAAAGAACAUAAAAAAACUCAUGCUGGGAUGAAGCUCUUUGAAUGGAAUGAAAGAGGAAGUGUUUAUAGUCCAAACUUUGUUGCAUAUGAUAAAAUUCAUAAUAGAGAGAACCCCUUUGAAUAUAAACAAAUGUGAGAAAACUUUUAGAAACAGCUCAUUGCUUAAAAAAAUUGAGAAUUUCUAUUGUAGACCAUUUCAAUAUCAGGAAAUUGGGAAAGCCUUCAGCAGGAAAAAAACAAAAACAGCUUUAUUGCACAUCAGAGAAUUCAUACUGGAGAGAAAAGUUUUCAUGAUUAAAAAAUGUGAGAAAUUUUUCAAUUUGAGUAGGAAACUGAAGGACGCAAGUGGAUUCAUUCAUCGUUAUAACCAAAAUUUGUGAUUAAAUCACAACCCAUGUAUAACAUUAAUGUUAAGUGACUUGCCCAGAUAGCAUCAGGUUAGGGCUCCUUGACUCUUAAGUUUUAUGCUCUAUCCAAUAUACCAACUAAUAACCUCUCAAGGAUAUUCAUACUGGAGAAAAACUCUUUGAAUGUAAUAAAUUUCAUGAAGUCCUUAGCAAUAGUGCAACCUGUAUUAGUUAUCAAAGAAUUCAUACUGAAGAGAAAUCCUUUCAGUGAAAUAAAUGUAGGAAUGCUUUCACCUAGAGUAGAAACCUGAAGCACCAGAAGUUGAUUCAUACUGGAGAGAUUCUUUGACUGUAAUGAAUGUUGUACUUCUUUCAGGCUGAUAUAAAAGCUCUGAUACAUAUAAGAAAAUUCAUAUUGGCUAGAAAUCUUGUGAUUAUCAUGUAUUUGGGAAAGCUUUCAAUCUAGAAAAACUUGUAGAAUGUUGGAUAAUUCAUACUGGUGAGGAUGUUCAUAAAUGUAAUGAAUGUGGAAAUGCCCUCAGAAUGAGCUCAUCCCUGAUGAAGCAUAAUGACCCUAGUAAAAUCUUUGGAGUCCACUCUUCAUCAGAAUUUUCAUACUGGAGAUUAGCCAUGCAUAUAAUUGAAGGAAUGCUUCAUAAAGUUUUAUCAUCUGUUAAAUAUUGGAAAAUCAAGAUGUCAAGUUUUAUCAUCAAUUAAAUUGUUGCUUUGAGAAGAAAAAAACAGCUCCA